AGAGAGAGAGAGAGAGAGAGAGAGAGAGAGAGAGAGAGACAGAGAUGGAAGCUACGGACAUGGAGGUGGAGGAACUCCCUCCGUCCAAUCCUGACCCCUUCAAGCGUAUCUCCCUAAAAAAUUCCAUCCAAACCAACUUCGGCGACGACUAUGUCUUCCAAAUUGCCCCCAAGGAUGAUUGGACGGCAAUGGCGGUGUCGCUUUCGACCAACGCCGUGAAGGUGUACUCUCCGGUGACGGGCCAGUACUACGGAGAGUGCAAGGGCCACUCUGCCACUAUCAACCAAAUUGCAUUUUCAGGUCCAUCAACUCCACAUGUCCUGCACUCUUGUUCUUCUGAUGGAACGAUUCGAGCUUGGGACACGCGCACAUUUCAACAGGUUUCAUCUUUUCAUUCUGGCUCUUCUCAGGAGAUUUUCAGCUUUUCGUUCGGAGGAUCAGGGAACAAUCUUCUCGCCGCGGGAUGUGAUGCUCAGAUACUAUUCUGGGAUUGGAGGAGCAAUAAACAAGUAGCGUGCCUUGAGGAUUCUCAUGUAGAAGAUGUUACCCAGGUUCACUUCAUCCCGGAUCAUCAAAGCAAGCUUCUUUCUGCUUCUGUUGAUGGAUUGAUGUGUAUAUUUGAUACCGAAGGAGAUAUCAAUGAAGAUGAUCAUCUAGAUUCAGUGCUAAAUGUUGGCACUUCAAUUGGGAAGGUUGGGUUUUUUGGAGAGACGUAUCAAAAGCUCUGGUGUUUGACCCAUAUUGAGACCUUAAGUAUCUGGGACUGGAAGGAUGCAAGUGAAAAGAGUUUCCAUGAUGCUCGUUCUUUGGCUUCUAAAGGCUGGACACUCGAUGAUAUCGAUUAUUUUGUUGAUUGCCACUACUCAAGAGAAGCAGAACAGUUGUGGGUAAUUGGUGGCACUAGUAGUGGCACUUUAGGUUACUUCCCUGUAAGUUAUAAAGGAAACAAAGCUAUAGGGUCUGCUGAAGCAGUUCUUGGAGGUGGCCACACAGGUAUUGUUCGAAGUGUGUUGCCAAUGUCAAGCAUGCCCAGCGGAUCCAGCCAAGGCCACGGCAUUUUUGGAUGGACUGGUGGUGAAGAUGGCCGCUUAUGUUGCUGGUUAUCAGAUAAUGCUCCCGAGAUAAACCGAUCAUGGAUUUCGAGUGCACUGGUUGCAAGAUCACCUAGGACCCGCAACACAAAACGGCAUCAACCCUACUAGAAUCAAGAUGUUUUUAGCUUCUCCGACUAUUAAGUUUGUUUGCCUUUCUUGUAAUUUUGUUCAUUUUUUAUUCUGUUUCGGUAAGGAUACUGGUCCAUAUUUGUAUGAUCCAUCCACCAUUUACAAUGUAAAAUUUCAGAGGAAUUUCGUAAGUACCAAAUCUUUGCUCUUCAGAUGAUCAGCAUGCGUGUGAUGCAAGCAUCGCCCCAACUCUCGAUACAUGGGCAAACAUAA